GUUCCGGCCUAUAAGUCCACGCUGGUGUUGACUCGAAAGGCCUUGAAACUAAAAUUUCUGAACGAGGAAGAGGUGGGAGGAGGAGGAAUGUCGAAGCUUUCCUUUCUCGCCUGGAGAAACUAUGCUGAAAGGGUGGAACUAAUGAAACUAGACUGGAGGAGUAAAUUGACGAGUUGACGCCUGUAUUUUCCUAUAAUCUUUCUUUUUGCUAUUUCCAGUGUAAUCCCAGAGGCAACAAAUUCCAGAAGCAACAUAGUUCUAACACAUCAGUCUGCCUUAGGAUAUUCCAUAUUCUAGAGGUUUUGGUGUGGGUGUUCAGUAUUUUGCACAUAGAAAGAUCUUUUUAGCAAUCAAGCUACGUUUGUGUUAUGGCCUUUCCAGAACCCAAACCCAAGAAGCCUGAGCUUCCCCAAAAAUUGCUUGGUACACUAGAAUGUAAGCAAGGAGCUAUAAGAGCAGUGAGAUUCAACGUGGAUGGAAAUUACUGUCUCACCUGUGGCAGUGACAAGUCACUCAAGCUUUGGAACCCGCACAAAGGAACUCUCCUCAAGACAUACAGUGGCCAUGGCUACGAAGUCCUAGAUGCUGCAGGGUCAUUUGAUAACAGCCAACUUUGUUCAUGUGGAGCAGAUAAAACAGUUGUGCUGUGGGAUGUUGCCACAGGCCAAGUGAUUCGCAAGUUCCGUGGCCAUGCAGGGAAGGUAAAUUGUGUCCAGUUCAAUGAGGAGGCCACUGUAAUUCUUUCAGGUUCCAUAGACUCCAGUGUCCGUUGCUGGGAUUGCCGCUCACGCAGACCAGAUCCCAUCCAAAUUUUGGAUGAAGCCAAAGAUGGCAUCUCCAGCCUGAAAGUCUCAGACUAUGAAAUUCUUACAGGUUCUGUGGAUGGACGUGUCCGACGCUAUGACCUCCGUGCUGGAGAGCUCUACUCAGACUACAUUGGAAGCCCCAUUACCUGUAUAUGUUUCAGUAAGGAUGGGCAAUGUACAUUGGCUGCUAGCUUGGAUUCUACACUGCGAUUGCUGGACAAGGAUACAGGCGAACUACUAGGAGACUUUACCGGCCACAAGAAUGUAACUUACAAGAUGGACUGCUGCCUGAGUGAAAGAGACACACAUAUUGGGAGCUGCUCAGAGGAUGGGAAAGUCUAUUUCUGGGAUCUGGUUGAGGGCUCCCUUGUUCUGGCCUUGCCAGUGUGCAAUACUGCUGUCCAGUCACUGUCCUUCCACCCAGCUGAAACCUGCCUGCUCACAGCCGCAGAGGGUCUUGUCCAGUGUUGGAGGGAAGAAUCUUACACAGCUGAGGAAGGGGCGCCUGCCUGACUAGCAUUGCUUUCAUUUGAGCAGGAUUGCAGAUGCGGGAUGAUGGGCCUCUCUGAUGCACGGAACACUACAGUUCUAUGUACUUUGCCUUCAGGAGGAAGGAUGGGACAUAAUUUAGACUCAGCAUUCAGUCAGGCUGGUUAUACAGAAGAAGCAAUCUGUAAGACAGGAUCUCAUCCUAUGGAAAAUCCUUGAGCUUUCAGGACUUAAAAGUUUCCUUGCUUUGGGUGACAGUAUUUUUUAAUUCAGUCUGUAUAUUAUAGCCAUGUGUCCAAGUAAAAUGUUCCUUUUUAAAAAUUGGGUGUUUCUGGAUUACAAGAAAUGAAAAUACAGUUUAAAUGAUGUAUGGGUAUUGUUUAUUGUAAGCUUCUGUGGUUCAUGUAUUUGAACUAUAUAAGCAAGCACUAGUCCUGAUUCUUCACUUGGACAAAUGCAUUAAUUGAAAGUGUCACUGUAAGAAAAUAAAGUAAUCUCAAAAAGAGAGGAUCAGUUUUCUUCCUGACCUUUAGAUGUUUACCUGUUUAAAGAUGAACAGGAAAAAAUAUUUUGAUUGCUAAUGUUCAGAAGUGCUCGGUGCUGUUAGUUAUAUCUGCUUGGUUAGUCAACUAUCACAUAAUGUCUUUUUAACUUUGCAUCUGAACUGGAAAAAGUGUCUUGAUGUCACAGAUUGUUAAUGACAGUUAUUGAAGAAAAUGUUUUUAAAAGGCUGUUGUCCAGGAAAGGGGUGGAUCAGGUGGAACAUAGCUUGAACUUUUCUAGGAAGCCCAUCCUCCUUCAAUAGCAGUAUAGCGAUUUUUAAAUUGGGCGUUUCUGGAUUAGAAGAAAUGAAAAAGGUUACAUACUGGGGGGCAGUGUGGAAUUCAGGCUGAAUUCCAGAAAUGAAAGAGAAUGGUGUGAAUAGUUCAAGCUACUGUUUUCCCAGGAGUGUAUUUGCUGCCUUUGGAUUCAAACAACUGAAGCCAAAUUGUAUAAAUGCUAAAUAAAUUUAAACUCUCCUCUCAGAAUUACUACAUUUCAAGACUUCACCCGUUAUGUAAAUUAAGUAGAAACAUCUUUUUUUAUUGUAGGAACGUAUGACAUAGCAUCAAGAGGUAUCUCCUCCUGUGACUUCAAGAUGCCCUGUGGCUACCUGCAUUUAAAAAUACAUUUUAACACCCCACUCAGAUGUUUAAUUCAGAUCUUAAACUACUGUUAUAUAUUUGACGUGCUUUUGAGAAGAUGGAUCUCUUUACCUAGGCUGCCUCUGCAUUAAAGUUGGUUGGGUUUUUUUUUCUGCUUUUGUUUUCCUUUUUGUAUAUACUUUUUUUUACUUUUGUUGUGUAUUUUAUAUCUUCCAAACUGCUCCAAGAUGCUUUUCUAUAGGAAGAAUAAUAAAAUUAUA